CUUUCUCUUCCAGGUGGGGCUGUUGACCUUCUGGGGAGAAAUAUUCCCUCAAUCCUGAGAAUGACUAAAGGAAUGGAUCCAAAUAUAAGCAGAAGGCUUUGCAUUAAACCCCAUGAAGAAGGUCAGCAUCAGCCAAAAAGUCCGUCUACUUCGAGGGUGCCUGGACACAAGCCUACAGACUGGGACAAAAGAUUUUUGUUGUGGGCAGGCCAUUUCAAAAAAAACGAGGAUAUACCAGAGACUGUCUCGAUUGAUACAAUCAGAGCAGCAAAGACCACAUGGCGUGUGAAGCUCAGCUAUGUGAUGAUUGCCUUGACAAUAGUGAGAUGCAUAAUCAUGGUGAUUAGAGGAAAGCAGGCUGUAAAAAGGCAUGAAACUCUUACAAGCAUAAACUUGGAAAAGAAAGCACAAUGGAGAGAAGAAGCUACUCAGAGCACAUCUGCUAAACCUUAAAGGAGGAGAUGAAGAGACCACGUAUUGGAGAAGAAAAGCUGUCCCUCUUGGCACUGGAAGAACAUAGUCACAUCUUUCAUGUAUGUUACUUCUGUACUCUCAUGUUCAAGAAAAUUAAUACAUUAUCCUGUAAUCAUUAAAACCAGAAAUACUUCACUUUUCCUAGCAACCUCCCCUUGCCUCCAAACUCUCUUCUUCAUGGUCAGUGGGACAGGACAGGUGAACAAACUGGACAGACAGGUGUUUCCCACAUGUGCUAUGCACUCUUACCACUUAUGAGAAGAUAACUGGGACAGAAAAGGAUACCCCCUUCGGUUUUGACUUGUGCAUCCAUACUUGUAAAAAUGAAAUAACCUU